ACCCCCUCGCCGCCUCAGCCUGGCGGGGAGGAGGAGGAGGAGGAGGAGCAGCAGGCCUCCGGGCCCUGGCACCGCCGCCCGCAGUUUGCUUAUGAUGUGUCUGAGCAUGGACUUCUCUGAAUUUAUCCUGUGCAGGACAUUCUGAUUCAUUUGCAUCCUUGAAGAGCAUCGGUAGAAGAGGAAGGAAAAGAUGGGUGUGAAAACAUUUACUCAUAGCUCCUCUUCCCACAGCCAGGAAAUGCUUGGAAAGCUAAAUAUGCUUCGAAAUGAUGGACAUUUUUGUGAUAUCACUAUUCGUGUCCAGGACAAAAUCUUCCGGGCACAUAAGGUGGUACUAGCAGCUUGCAGUGAUUUCUUUCGCACCAAACUUGUAGGCCAAGCAGAGGAUGAGAACAAGAAUGUGUUGGAUUUGCAUCAUGUCACAGUGACUGGCUUUAUACCCCUUUUAGAAUAUGCUUACACAGCCACUCUGUCAAUUAACACAGAAAAUAUCAUUGAUGUUCUAGCUGCAGCCAGCUAUAUGCAAAUGUUCAGUGUUGCUAGCACCUGCUCAGAGUUCAUGAAAUCAAGCAUUUUAUGGAAUACACCCAACAGCCAACCAGAAAAGGGUCUAGAUGCUGGACAAGAAAAUAAUUCUAACUGCAAUUUUACGUCUCGAGAUGGAAGCAUUUCUCCAGUGUCUUCAGAGUGCAGUGUGGUAGAAAGAACCAUUCCUGUUUGCCGAGAGUCGAGGAGAAAGCGCAAAAGCUACAUUGUUAUGUCUCCUGAAAGUCCUGUGAAGUGUAGCACACAAACAAGUUCUCCACAGGUAUUGAAUUCUUCAGCUUCCUACUCAGAAAAUAGAAAUCAACCAGUUGACUCUUCUCUAGCUUUUCCCUGGACUUUUCCUUUUGGAAUUGAUCGAAGGAUUCAGCCUGAUAAGCUUAAGCAAGCAGAAAAUACCCGGACUUUAGAAUUACCUGGCCCAUCUGAGACAGGUAGAAGAAUGGCUGAUUAUGUGACUUGUGAGAGCACAAAAACUACCUUACCUCUGGGUACCGAGGAAGAUGUCCGGGUCAAAGUAGAAAGGUUAAGUGAUGAGGAGGUCCAUGAGGAAGUAUCCCAGCCUGUCAGUGCAUCUCAGAGUUCACUGAGUGAUCAGCAGACAGUGCCAGGAAGUGAACAAGUCCAAGAGGACCUUCUGAUUAGUCCACAGUCUUCCUCUAUAGGUUCAGUAGAUGAAGGCGUCACUGAAGGGUUACCUACACUUCAGAGCACUUCUAGCACCAGUGCUCACGCAGAUGAUGAUGAUCGAUUGGAAAAUGUUCAGUAUCCCUACCAACUCUACAUUGCUCCUUCCACCAGCAGCACAGAACGGCCAAGUCCAAAUGGUCCAGAUAGACCUUUUCAGUGUCCAACAUGUGGGGUGCGAUUCACCCGUAUUCAGAACCUGAAACAGCACAUGCUCAUCCACUCAGGAAUUAAACCAUUUCAGUGUGACCGCUGUGGGAAAAAGUUCACCAGGGCUUACUCGCUAAAGAUGCAUCGCCUAAAGCAUGAAGGUAAACGCUGUUUCCGGUGCCAGAUAUGUAGUGCCACUUUCACUUCCUUCGGGGAAUAUAAACACCACAUGAGGGUUUCCCGGCACAUUAUCCGCAAGCCUCGGAUUUACGAGUGCAAAACAUGUGGCGCCAUGUUCACCAACUCUGGAAAUUUAAUCGUGCACCUGAGGAGUCUGAACCAUGAAGCGUCAGAGCUAGCAAACUACUUCCAGAGCAGUGAUUUCCUAGUACCGGACUACUUAAACCAGGAGCAAGAAGAGACCCUUGUUCAGUAUGAUCUUGGAGAACACAGUUUUGAAAACAACUCCUCUGUCCAGAUGCCUGUAAUUUCACAGGUCUCCUCGACCCAGAAUUGUGAAAGCACUUUUCCCUUGGGGUCUCUUGGUGGGCUGACAGAAAAAGAGGAGGAAAUGCCAGGGCAGCCAAAGACCAGUGCUUGUGCCGAGGCAACCAGAGAGGACCCCCCAAAAUCAGAGCUGUCUUCUGUAACUAUUGAGUAAUUUCAUGGUUUGGCUUCAUUUUUGAUUUUUGGAAAGUGCCUGUGCUUGGUCUUGUACAUUUGAAUUUAAUUUAACUUUUUAAGCAAAAAAGGGUUUGGGAAAGAAUUUCCCUUUUUACUUUGUAAGUUCUGCAACUGAUGUUUUAUUUUUCAUGACUGAGAGAUUGCUUCUGUAAGUGCACAGUAACAUGGUGUUGAAAUAUAAUAGAAACCUUGAGACUUAAGGAGAACCAGCUGACUUAAAACUGGUAUCAGUUUCCUCUUCCAUUAUCAGGAGUAGGCUAACAACAGAUCACUAGGUCAAGAAGAAAUCAGAUGAUUAUUGACCUUCCUGAAAUGAAAGCGUACACCAGAGACAUAUUACAGAACGAAUCUGGCAGAUGGCCUGAAUAGAUGCUUACUCCUAUACACAGGAUAUUGUACAGUCUUUUGUAAAGCCUGUUGUUUUUGGAAGUAUUUAUGGUGAGCUUUCUUAAAAAUUAUUAGGAUAUAUACUUCUGAAAUCCCACGUGUUUUGUGUUUUGUUUUUUUUUUUUAAGCUUUGUCACUAUAAUUUUUCAUGGUGAAAAUUUGGUAUUGGGGUAGGUAUUCCCUGUACCUUUGUAGUACCACUCCUCCAAAUAAUCUUUCUUCUGUGAAAGAAGGCGAAGAACCAUGGUUAAGGAUAGUCAACUUGUGCGUGAAAUGACCAGGAACAGAGAAUAUAGUGUGUGAAUCGGCUUCAUAGGAACUCUUUCAUACUGCUUUUCUGGAUAAAAUUACUGUUUACCUGGUCUUUGAAUGUUAAUGCCUGGCUAAUUGGGUCAUUGCCUAAAUCAGUUUUCUCUUGCCUAUACUUGGCAUGAUCCCAUGAAAAGGAGAUAUACUGGAGAUGUUCUAUAUUUUAUACAUAGGUUUGUGUAUUGUUGAGGAUGUUUUUAUUCUGCUGUUUUGGACAAAAUAAAGAAUUCUCUGUUAAGGCUAUAUUCUUAACCCAACUGCGAUUGUUUACAAAAUACCCAUAUGACAGUGAUAAAUUGUCCUUAUUCCAAAAUAUUUUAAGACAUUGCCAAAUGUCAUAUUAAAAGCAGUUAGGAUAGUUUUUACGCAAUGUAAGCAAUAAUGUAGAAGUAGAGGAGAGUCUAUAAAAUGAUGAUCUAUGACUCAAAUCUAUUUGGGGAAAAAAAGGAUUGUUAAGACUAAAGAAAAACUAAAAACCUUAAAUUAAUGACUAUUACCUCUUGCUGCUAAAAAAGAAAAGAAAAGAAAGAAACUUCGUGGUUUAUAGUUGAAACAUAUAUGAUACUCUAGACUGGAAUAUACAUUUUUACCUGGUGCCAUUAAAGCAUCACUGACCUUGAUCCUAAAUAUUCAUGAGUCCAUGAACAAUGAUCUUUUGAGUAACUCUUUUUUUCUAUGUAUAUACCCAAAGUUUAAUAAUUAUGAAAACACCUGAUUAGGUUAGAAAAAGAAAAUACAGUUUCUUAUUCAAAACACAAGAUCUCAGUUUUGUCUGGGUGCUAGUCGUUAAUAAUAAAAUUUUUCUAAGUUA